GGUAUCUGUAAUGUAGGUUUUUAUUGGUUUGGUUAUUAUGAGGUUUCAUUAGUGCUCUCUUGUUAGAGUUUUGGGUUUGGUGGCUCUUUGAUGUGAGAAUGUGCAUACAACUUUUUUUUUUUUUUUUUCGUGUUGCUUAUGAAUUGUACCUUUUGUGCGGAUUUUUUGAGGUUGUUACUCUCGAAUCUUUUUUCUUGAUAUUAAAUUCUGUGGGCCAAUAAACGAAUUGAUGACAUAAAGUUGUUUUUACUACAGAAGAGAACAGAGUCUUCUUGGUUUGCUCAUUUUAACCAAUCCCUUGCAGAAACAAGAGCAGAUGGGUUUAAUUCUACACCAAUCAAAGCUUUGUACUCGAUUUAGAAAGCCUCUUUUGGGGUAACAGAUGGUGAGAAAGUAGUGAUACAAUACAUCAAAUUAUCUGAAAGAUGGAAGAGAGACGAGAUGAUGAAUCAAGCCCUACACACCAGGGAUCAGAACUUGUGGAAAGGGUUAAGUUGCUUUCUUUUGAAUCUCAAGGUGAUGCUUUGAGUAAGGAUUCUCCUACAAGUGUUGAGCAGGAUUGUUCUCCUGGUCAAAGAGCAUCACAGCAUCUUUGGGAUACUGGAAUACUCUCUGAACCGAUUCCUAAUGGUUUCUACUCAGUUGUUCCGGAUAAGAGAGUAAAGGAACUAUAUAAUAGACUACCUACUCCGAGUGAGCUUCAUGCUUUGGGAGAGGAAGGUGUCAGAAUUGAAGUUAUUCUUGUUGAUUUUCAAAAAGAUAAGAAGCUCGCAAUGCUGAAACAGUUGAUCACUACACUUGUCAGCGGCUCAAAUCCUGCUUUGGUGAUUAAGAAAAUAGCUGGAACGGUAUCUGACUUUUACAAACGUCCAACACUGGAAAGCCCUUCAAAACUUGCCUUAGAGGAAAAUGCGUUUUUGUUUGAAAACCAUGGUGCUCAGUUGCUUGGCCAAAUUAAGCGUGGGUGCUGUCGAGCUCGGGCAAUUUUGUUCAAAGUUCUAGCUGAUACUGUAGGACUUGAAAGUCGGCUGGUGGUGGGUCUGCCUAGUGAUGGGACUGUGAAUUGCAUGGACUCUAACAAACACAUGUCUGUUAUAGUUGUGCUAAAUUCCGUUGAACUACUAGUCGAUCUAAUUCGGUUUCCUGGUCAGCUGGUACCGCGAUCAGCCAAGGCAAUUUUCAUGUCACACAUCUCACCUGCUGGAGAGAGUGAUUCUGCAGAAAACGACUCUUGUGACUCGCCUUUGGAGCCAAAUAGUCCUUUAUAUGAGAGAAGAGAUCCUGAGAGUACAGAAAAUCCAAAUGCAUCUGGUCCAUCACUGCGUAAUUUGAUGCUCAGACCUGCUACAGCAAUUGAAAGGAAAUUGAGCAACACUUCGCAUAGUGAACCAAAUGUUGCCACUGUAUUCUGGAGACGUAGCCGCAGAAAAGUAAUUGCUGAACAGAGAACAGCUAGUUCAAGCCCAGAACACCCAUCUAUGCGACGUGGACGAUCAAUGUUGAGCACUGGCAGGAAUUCAUACCGGGAUUACUCUGGUGAUGCAUCUCCUUCAAGUUCAUCCACAUCAGAAAUUCGUAAAACUAGACGGCGAAGUUUUAGGAUCACACCAGAGAUUGGCGAUGACAUUGCAAGCGCUGUAAGAGAAAUGUAUGAGAAAUCAAAGCAAAACCGUCUCUUGCAGGGCCGAGAGGAUGAAAACAGCUCAGGUAUCGAUAACAACGUGUCUGGUCUCCAUCUUGAUGAUGAGUUAAAUUCUAAGAAGACAAUGUCAUUGCCAUCAUCUCCCCAUGCUUACAGGUGUCAAACAUUUGGAAGAAGAGGGCCUUCAGAAUUUGCCGUGAAGGAUACAUGGAAUAAAGUGGUUGAGUCUUCCACAUUGCAGAAUCAGCCUUUAUUACCCUAUCAAGAAUGGGACAUUGACUUCUCAGAGCUGACGGUUGGAACUCGGGUGGGGAUUGGGUUUUUUGGUGAAGUUUUUCGUGGAGUAUGGAAUGGGACAGAUGUUGCAAUCAAAUUGUUUCUGGAGCAAGAUCUUACUGCCGAAAACAUGGAAGAUUUCUGCAAUGAAAUUUCAAUUCUCAGCCGUGUUCGCCACCCAAAUGUUGUAUUAUUCCUUGGUGCAUGCACAAAACCUCCACGCUUAUCUAUGAUCACGGAAUACAUGGAGCUGGGAUCUUUGUAUUAUUUGAUCCACAUGAGUGGUCAGAAGAAGAAACUUAGCUGGCACAGAAGGCUCAGGAUGCUUAGAGACAUCUGCAGGGGUUUGAUGUGCAUACACCGGAUGAAGAUAGUCCACCGUGACCUAAAAAGUGCCAACUGUCUAGUGGACAAACAUUGGACAGUCAAGAUCUGUGAUUUUGGGCUCUCAAGAAUAAUGACUGAUGAAAACAUGAAGGACACUUCAUCUGCUGGUACACCAGAGUGGAUGGCUCCAGAGCUCAUUCGCAACAAGCCUUUUACAGAGAAGUGUGAUAUCUUUAGUCUUGGGGUCAUAAUGUGGGAACUUUCAACUUUACGUAAACCAUGGGAAGGUGUUCCACCUGAGAAGGUUGUCUUUGCUGUUGCGCAUGAAGGGUCACGUUUGGAGAUUCCUGAUGGUCCACUCAGCAAACUAAUUGCAGAUUGUUGGGCAGAGCCUGAAGAACGCCCAAAUUGUGAAGAGAUACUUAGAGGCUUGCUGGAUUGUGAGUACACACUGUGUUAACGCCACUUCUUUUUUCGGGAAUACGAGCCGAAAAAUGUUUUAGCUCAGAAAGUAGCCCAGCUCCUUUAAAUCUCGGCUCUUAAAUUAUCAACCUGAGUGGCAUACUUUUUAAAGAUCAUGAGAACUUAGAGGCUAUAAUGAGACAAAUUCAUAGUUCAGUUUUGAUAGCUGUGGAAGAGGCAGAGGCACCAAAUGUAGGAUACAAACAAGCAUGUCUUUGAGGUGCCUCUGGUUGUGUGAUUCAUGUUCUCACAGGCAAUGUUCUUUUGUUGGCUAUCGAAGAGCAUUUUGGUCUAUCUUAAGAAAAUAUAUACACUAUUCUUUCUUGGGAGAAUAAAAAGCUCUUUGAUUUA